AUGAAGACAAUCCUCGUCGUCGGCGCCACUGGAGCCCAGGGCGCCAGCAUUGUCCAGCACCUCGCCGGGACGAACCAGUACAGCGUCCUCGCCCUGACGCGCAGCGCGUCCUCGCCCCAGGCGGCCGGGCUGGCGGCGGUCCCGAACGUGGAGCUGGUCGUCGGUAACGUGGCCAGCGGGUACGACGAAGACGCGUUCGCGUCGGCGGCGGCACGGUCCGACUUUGUGCUGGUCAACACGGACGGGUUUGCCUUGGGCGAGAAAGCCGAGGUGUUUUGGGGGAUCCGCCUCUUCGAGCUCGCAUCCCGGGCCGGCGUCAAGCACUUUAUCUACAGCGGGCUCGACAACGUCGGCAGGGAGUCCAACUAUGACGCCCGCUUCGACGUCGGGCACUAUGCUGGCAAGGCGAGGGUGCAAGACUGGAUCCACGCGCAACAGGAUUCCAAGAUGCGCUGGACCAUUAUCCGCUCCGGCCCGUACCUUGACCAGCUCAGUUCCAUCAACCGCCCCGUCGCCGGCAAAGACGGCGUCAUGGUCUUCCACUUCCCACUCGGCGACGGCGCCGUGCCCUUCAUCAACCUGGACGACUUUGGCAAGUACGUGCACUGGGCGCUCGCGCACCCGGAAGAGUCGAACCGCCUCGACUUCGGCAUCGCGACGGAGCACGUGGGCGGUCGCGACGUCGCAGCCGCCUUCACGGCCGCCACCGGCAGGCCGGCCCGAUACGUCGACCUGCCCGUCGAGGACUGGCACCGCGAGGUGUGGAGCUACCUGCCGCGGGGGCGGGACACCAAGGUCGGGUUCGGCAGCACGGCGGACGGGGGCGCGCUGCGGCAGACGUACGGGGAGAAUUUCACGAACUGGUGGAACCUGUACCGGGCCAGCGGCGGCAACGUGGGCCUAAUCAGGCGGGACUACGAGUUCCUGGACCGCAUCGUGCCGGACAGGGCCAAGAGCGUGGUCGAGUGGAUGCGGUUGACGGGGUAUACGGGGGAAAGGAAGGAGGUACUUAAGAUGAUGUCUGACCAGCUGAGAAGCCCGAGGGCAGAGUAG